AUGGCUAGAGAUUUUCUGAACUACCUUGUCCGCUGCUUCUUGUUUGUUCUUUUAUUUCUUGGCUCAAAAACACAAGCUCGACCAUUGAAUACCUUGGAGUCUCAUGGUCCUAGGGUUCGGGACAAAGGUUUCUUUGAUGGAUUGUUUCUUGGUGCCAUUAAGCAAUCAGGACCAAGCCCAGGACAAGGGAAUAGGUUAACUGAUUCUCGGAGUUUUGGAGGCAUUAAUAAGGAUGGUCCUAGCCCUGGACAGGGACACUAG